GAUCCAUCGGCAUACCUCAUUUAUGUUACAAUCGUCACCAUGCUUGCACGCGUUGGUCUUAUAGUGUGUGUUGGGAUAUUCCUAACGUGUGCGAGUCCUGUGCCUCAAGAAAACAAUGACCCAGAUGUUGUAGACCGAACACCAGCACUAGAUAUAUUUGAAGAACAAACGACUGAGAUAGCCACUGAAGACCCACUUGCAAAUGGUGAUCAGGCAAGCAAUCCGUCAGUCGCUCAAGAGGGUGGAAAUGAAAACGAAGCUGAAUCGAACACUGAAGUAAAUGAGACUGCUAACAAUAAUGAGGGCAAUGAAACUGAAUCUGAGCCUGAGAACAGUAAAAACGAUGAAGGGUCAGAAUCAGGAGCUGGAACUAAUGAGCCUCCUAUUGAAGACAGCGACUCAAAAUCUGAAAGUAAUGAAAAUGAUUCAGGAAAUGCACAUGAAGACCCAGUUCAUGGAAGUGAUGAAGACGACUCAGAAGAUGAUGAUGAACAUAACGAUUCAGAUGAGGACCACGCCGUGGCAUGGUCCUCAUCCGUGGAUGAUGAACAUCAAAUUAAUUUGAAUGUCAUAGAAUUAAACGAUGUCACUUUAAGGGUUUACAAAACAUCGGAGAAUCCUGAGUAUUUCAUGUGCCAAGAAAUUAAGAGGCAAGACAAGAUUUUAGAAAAAAUUUGCUACAUUUCAUCACCACCUCCGUUUUUCUUUAAUUUCCAUCCGAGGGAGCAAGUGUCGGUAUUCCGUCAACAUACAAAUGGCCAAGACUUCAUUUGUCAGGAUAUAACAACCCUUCUAUCAGGAUCACUUCAAGUCCUAUGCGCUUCAAAUAAGGAACACUAUUUCAAGCAAUCGUAUGGUCUCAAGAAAUUUAUCGUAUAUCAUAAGAAAUCAUCAUAAAUUAUUUAUUGGGAUAAUAAUUCACAAACCCAAUUUAUUCUUUCUUAAACCAUAUUGGUAGGCACCUAUGUAAAUUAAAUCUUAAAUACCAAACAUACUAUUUUGUUGUUAUAUCUUAUAUUAAAGUAACAUAAAAUAAUAAUAUCAGUGUUACCUUUUAAAAUAAAGUGUCAAUUUAUUACUUGUUUAAUUUUGUUUAAUUGUUGGAUUUUCUUGAAUAAAAGCAAAUAGGUGAGGAAUAUUGUUUGUAGACACUUGUAUCUAUAAGAUUUUAUCCUUAUAAACAGAGCAAAAAACUGGGAAAACCGUUUGUUGUUAAAUCUUGUUAUACAUAAAUAUAAUAAUUAACAUA